AUGUCUCAAGUGUUGCAAUACUAUAAAGAUGAUAAUAGUAAGAAACAUCAAGUAUUUUGGGAUGGUAAAAUAGCUAUAUGUAGUUGCAAACUAUUUGAAUUUUGGGGGAUAUUGUGUCGCCACAUUCUUAGUGUUUUUCUUCAUAAAGAUUGUCAUAGAAUCCCUAAUGACUACUUGUUGUCACGAUGGCGGCUUCAAGAAUCACAUGCAGAUGAUGAAGUAGUUGAUUAUCAAAUAAUGGAUUGUAAUAAUGAAGCUGGUUCACAACAAGUUAUUCAUUGUCCCCCAAUUUCCAAAACAAAAGGCCGUCCUAAACGAAGACGAAUUAAAGGUGGAAAAGAGUUAUCUCAUAACAUGAAUGCUUGUGGAUUAUGCAAAGGCGAAGGACAUAACAUUGAAUAUGCUCAUGAAGUUGAUGAACAAGUAUAA